UGGGACUCUGCGCACCUGCGCACCUCAGUCCGCUCGGCGCCGCAUUCGACCAGUCACCCCAAGCCGAGGCCCGCAAUGCGCUUGCGUCUGCUGUCUCUACUCACGCUAUUAGCGCCGUCUCAAUGCGCGGCUUCAGACGCGGGCCCGCUGCGAGUCUCAUUGGCACGUCGAAGGUCUCCUCCUGAUACUGCUCCAGCUGUUGCUAGUGCUACAACUGCUACUGCGACCGACUGGAUCCAGUCCGAAGCUCGGGUAUAUCACACUCACGCUCCUGUACCCGAAUGGACGGUGGCAGAAGCCAACGCUACGCAGGACGCGGCCCAGCCCCCGCUACCCACCGCCAAGCGCGUGACGCUGCAGAACUUCGGCAACGUGCAGUACAUCGGCACUGUGGGGUUCGGCAACCCGCCGCAGUAUCUGGACGUGGUGUUUGAUACGGGGUCUAGUGAUACGUGGAUCCCCGGCACAAGCUGCGACAGCUGCGGAUCGCACCACCGUUUCGACUCACAGAGGUCCACGACGUUCUUAGACACGGAGGAGAAGUUUUACGAUGCGUACGGCAGCGGCUCAGUGUCGGGGAACGUGGUGGUGGACACGGUGACUAUCUCGGGGUAUACGGUGGACAGUGUUCGCUUCGGGGUGAUCGACGACGAGAGUGACAAGCUGCAGGAGUUUUUGGCCGACGGGAUCUUUGGACUGGGCUUUGAGGGGCUUGCACAUAUCAGCCGCCCCACGGUGUUCGCGGCACUGGCAGGGGAGAACGCAGACCUGGAGAACAUGUUCGCCUUCUACCUCACGCCAGAGGCGUACCGGGCAGGCAGCGAGUUGCAUAUCGGAGGCUACGACCUGUCGGUGGUUGGGCCCAAUGCUUCGUUCCACUACACGCCCGUGGUGAAGCUGCCCGAGUUCGACUCGUUCAUGUACUGGACCAUCAAGAUGAACGACUUCUCCGUCCUCCCUCCGGUCGGCAAGAGCAGCAAGAGCAGCGACGCCAACAACGGUGACAACAUGGAGAGCGACGUGGCCGCCAACAUGUGCGAUCCGUUCUGCUACGCCAUCGUCGACACGGGCACGUCGCUGAUCAGCGUGCCGGCGGGCCAGUUCGACGAGGUGGUGAGCAAGAUCACGCGCGGACUGGACUGCGUCGGCAUCGACUGUGACGCCGCGGACGUCAAGGACUUCCCGGUGCUGCACUUCGGCAUGGAGCCGGACAACAUCUUCCUGCUGCAGCCACAGGACUACGUGCUGUGCUCGGGCUGGGGCCAGUGCAAACUGCAGAUCCAGUCCACGACGGACGAGUGGUGGAUCCUCGGCGACGUCUUCAUCAAGACGUACUACACGCUGUUCGACGCCGAGCGCAUGCGCGUGGGCUUCGCGUGCGAGGGCGACAUCUGCCAGGGCGGGCGCGGCAACAUCUACGGAGACGACGGCGAGGGCGGCGCGUUCGGCGCGUGGGAGAACGCCUUCCUGCUGGGCUCGUGCUUCGCGGCCGCGUGCAUGUUCCUGUUCGUGUUCCUGCUCAACCAGCAGGACGAGGAGCCGUACCUGAACCAGGACGAGAGCUUCCUCGGUGGGAUCAUCGACCGGCGCACCAACUCGCCGCAAGGGUAUCAGGUGCACGACCCCAAGCGGCCGCUGCUGUACGACGACGAGGACCAGCACGCGUACGCGACGUCGUCCACGUCGACGUCGCAGGCGUCCAGCUACGCCGAGGCGCGGCGCAGCUUUGCGGCGCUGCCGUCUCCCCCGGGCUCCACGGACGGCCACCAGAGCGAUGGCUCCUGUGUUGAAGUUUAG